AUGUCCUCCUGGCGCAGCUCAUUAGUGGUGGCAGGUACUUCUGGACUGCCCCAUCAGUGUUGGAGAGGACAGUAUAUCAGGUUUGUGCAAAAGCUGUUUGAUGUGUGCACGGUGUCACGGACAGACAGAGAAACCAAAUUAACACUGGUGUUUGAACAUGUUGAUCAAGACUUGACCACCUACUUGGAUAAAGUUCCGGAACCUGGAGUGCCCACUGAAACCAUAAAGGAUAUGAUGUUUCAGCUUCUCCGAGGUCUGGACUUUCUUCAUUCACACCGAGUAGUGCAUCGUGAUCUGAAACCACAGAACAUUCUGGUGACCAGCAGUGGACAAAUAAAACUGGCAGACUUCGGCCUUGCCCGCAUCUACAGCUUUCAGAUGGCCCUGACCUCCGUGGUCGUCACGCUGUGGUACCGGGCCCCAGAAGUCCUGCUCCAGUCCAGCUACGCCACCCCCGUGGAUCUCUGGAGUGUUGGCUGCGUAUUUGCAGAAAUGUUUCGUAGAAAGCCUCUUUUUCGUGGAAGCUCAGAUGUCGAUCAACUAGGAAAAAUCUUGGACGUGAUUGGACUUCCAGGAGAAGAGGACUGGCCUAGAGACGUUGCCCUUCCCAGGCAGGCUUUUCAUUCAAAAUCUGCCCAGCCGAUCGAGAAGUUUGUGACAGACAUUGAUGAACUAGGCAAAGACCUACUUCUGGCCUACAUGAACCCAAUAGCAAUGGCCCGAUCAAGAGGUCCAAUCCAGUCUUCAGGGCCAACAAUCCAGGAUUAUCUGAAUCGACCAAGGCCUACCUGGGAAGAAGUGAAAGAGCAACUAGAAAAGAAAAAGAAAGGCUCCAAAGCUUUGGCUGAAUUUGAAGAAAAAAUGAAUGAGAACUGGAAGAAAGAACUAGAAAAACACAGGGAGAAAUUGUUAAGUGGAAGUGAGAGCUCAUCCAAAAAAAGACAGAGAAAGAAAAAAGAAAAGAAGAAAUCUGGUAGGUAUUCAUCUUCUUCUUCAUCAAGCUCUGAUUCUUCCAGCAGUUCUUCUGAUUCUGAAGAUGAGGAGAAGAAGCAAGGAAAACGGAGAAAAAAAAAGAAGAACCGUUCACAUAAAUCUUCUGAAAGCUCUGUGUCAGAAACUGAAUCAGACAGUAAGGAUAGUUUAAAAAAGAAAAAGAAGUCAAAGGAUGCAUCUGAAAAAGAAAAGGACAUUAAAGGUCUCAGCAAAAAAAGAAAGAUGUAUCCUGAAGAUAAACCUUUGUCAUCUGAGUCUUUAUCAGAAGCGGAGUAUAUUGAGGAGAUACGAGCAAAAAAGAAGAAAAGCAGUGAAGAACGAGAAAAAGCAACAGCAAGUAUCUCUUACUGUUUUCUCAUGACAAUAGUAUGGCCAUUUUGGUUUAACAUAAAAAGGAGUCCUGGUAAAGCGUGA